GGAGGGGGCGCGGCACAAUAGUGUCGUUGUGCCGUGUUGGUGGACAGGCUGCUGCCUUAAGAUUCCCCUUCUGUUGGAUUUGGACCCAAAAAAGAUCCAGCAUUGAAGUCCCAGUCCGGACCGGGAGGCCCUCCUUUUAUUAGCAUCUGUUAGCACGGUCCACCUGACCGCAUGUGGACGUGGAAAAGGCCAGCCGCAGCGCGUGGAGAGAAGAUAAGAAGCAAAGUGGGAAUUUGGCAACUGGAAGAAUCUACUAGCAUGCUUUUCAAUUGGAAAUUUAUGGAUGUUACAGGAUGAAACGUCUCAGGUUGUCCAGCAGCAGCGACAGUUCUGACAAUGAAAGUCCUUCAACCUCCUACUUCUCUUCUAACAAGUAUGAUAGCAAACCUGGAACCCCCGCCUCCAACCCAAAGAAACCGGCUGAAGUGUUCCGAAAAGACCUGAUCAGUGCCAUGAAGCUGCCCGACUCCCACCACAUCUCCCCAGAGGACUUCUACCUGCUGGCAGACACCUGGAAGCAGAAGUGGGAGAAAGGAGUUCAGGUGCCGGCGAGUCCGGACACCAUCCCGGAACCCUCAGUCCGGGUGAUCGCAGAGAAGUCCAAAGAAAUGCUUUUCAGCCACCAGAGGAAGAACAUCCAGUGUUCGGGUCAGGAAUCUGCAGAACCGGGUUAUGUGAACAUCAGAGAGCUGGCAGAGGCUAUGUGUCCAUAUGAUCUGGAUGACAUGGACCUUUACUGGCUGCAAGCGCUCAACCAGGAGCUUGUCCUCAUGGGGGAGGAACCCAUAGACGAGCUCACGAUGGAGCGAGCCAUGGAGGCCCUGGAGAAGCAUUGCCACGACAACAUGAAGCACGCCAUUGAGACGGUGGAAGGCCUGGGUAUAGAAUACGACGAAGACGUCAUUUGCGAUGUGUGCCGCUCCCCAGACAGCGAAGAGGGAAACGACAUGGUGUUUUGUGACAAGUGCAACAUCUGUGUACACCAGGCGUGUUACGGCAUAGUCAAAGUGCCGGUUGGGAACUGGCUGUGCAGGACGUGUGUCCUCGGCAUCCUCCCACAGUGCCUGCUGUGUCCCCAGAAGGGCGGGGCAAUGAAGGCGACCCGGGCCGGCACCAAGUGGGCUCACGUGAGUUGUGCCCUGUGGAUACCAGAGGUGAGCAUUGCAUGUCCAGAGCGGAUGGAGCCCAUCACAAAAAUCUCCCACAUCCCUCCCAGCCGCUGGUCCCUCAUCUGCAGUCUGUGUAAGCUGAAAACAGGCGCCUGCAUCCAGUGCUCUGUGAAGAACUGCACGAUUCCCUUCCAUGUGACCUGUGCCUUUGAGCACAGCUUAGAGAUGAAAACCAUCCUGGACGAAGGCGACGAGGUCAAGUUCAAGUCCUUCUGCCUUAAGCACAGCAAGCCCAAGUCUGGGGAGGCUGGGCUGAGCCCGGCGCGCUCCAAGCCCCCCGGAGAGGUGGGGAAGGUGGGACAGCGGGCCCAGAGGCUGCAGGAGCUGGAGGAGGAAUUCUACACUCUGGUUCAUCUGCAGGAGGUGGCACAGCUCCUCAGGCUCUCAGAGCGCAUCCUGGACUUCAUUUAUCAGUACUGGAAGCUCAAAAGAAAAUCCAACUUCAAUAAACCUCUGCUGCCCCCCAAAGAGGAGGAGAACGGCGUGCUGCAGCCUCACGAGGACAGCGUCCACACGCGCAUGCGGAUGUUUAUGCACCUGCGGCAGGAUCUAGAGCGGGUGAGGAAUCUUUGCUACAUGGUAAGUCGGCGAGAGAAGCUGAAGCUGAAGCAAAGCAAAGAUCAGGAGCAGAUGUUCAACCUGCAUGUGCAGCUCAUGGACCUGGAAGUGUCAGCUGGUCUUCCUCCUUCCUUCCCCGUGGAGCACACGCUGCAUUACCCUCCCCCCAGGAUCACGCUCAAGCUGAAAAUGCCCAAAGCUUCAGGUCUCGGAAACUGCUAUUCCAGCUCCAAAUCAGGGAACGGGCCUCCCUUCCAAGACCACAGCAGCAACGUGAAGCCUCUGCUGCACGGACACAAGGAGGACCGACCCAACGGCUGCCUGUCUUCCUCCGGCCCUGCGGGCUGCACGCCGCUGGCUGCUAAAGCGAGCGGCAAGCUUUUAGGCGUGCAUCAGGGACACUCUUCCAGCACUAACGGGGACCCCGGCCGCGGGGCCAAAUGCAACGGUCUGCUGCAGAAGUUGGUGGCUCAGAAGGACAGGUCUUGUCAAACAGCCAGUGGCCAGGACAUCUCAAAGGAAACUUUGGACAGGAGCGGCUUUCAGAAGUCAGCCAUGGAGCAUCUCGGCAGGCCCUUCAAAGAGGCAACCAUUAACCUGGUGCGGACCACUGAGGACCUGUGGGCCCGAGACAAACUGUCCCAAAAGAGCCCUGCCAAAGAGAGGCUCUGGACCAAACCUGCACCUGAGCACAGAGGGAAGAGCACCAAGACCUUUCAGGACAGUGAUGGGUACUGUCCCGACCUGGAGCUCAGUGACUCGGAGCCCGAGGCCAAAGGAAGGCGCCGGAGGCCGGCCGGCUUUCCUUUGCCGGAGGCAGCAAGGAAAGGGAAGCAGGGCUCCAGACAAUCGGUGAAAAGGUGACGGCCGCUUUAGGCGGCUCUUCCCUUCAGGGCCUCUCCAAGUACAGCCACCCGGCCGAGGGUGCCGUCCUCCAGAACGUCUGCGUGAGAUUAAAGCAGCUGCGUGUCGGUUUGAUCCAGAGGAACCGAGAUUCGUGUCUCGUGGUGUGGCCUUUCAUUGGUGACCAAGAUUCCAGUUAUUUGCAUUAAACUGCUGUAAGGUCUUCAAGCCGAGACAUAAAAAAAAACACUAACAAUCUGUCGCUUUAAUCACACUGUGACCACAAUCCCAACCAACCAGCAUGAUCCAUGUCUGUAGAUGAAAGCUGGUGUUGGCUUCUCCUGUUUGUCGCACAAAUGUUUCCCCUGCUUUCCUACUAUUGUCAGGAAUGGAGCUGUUUUUUUUUUUUUUUUACUACUUUUAUUUGUGUGUAGAAAUAUCCACACACUUUUAAAGUUCGUCUUACAACUAUGAGACAAAAUAAAGACACUUUGCUUGUGUUCCAAAAUGGAACAAGUUUGUAAAAAAAAAAAAAAAGUAUAUUUACAUUCCAAGACGUGUCCCUCAGAAGUUGAAACUGGAUCCCUCCGAAAUGGGAGCUGAAUCUGGAAAGAGUGAUGUCAGAUUCUGUCAGAUCAUCAAGACACUCUUUGAACUGUGAAGCACACAUGUCGAAGCUGUUACAUUGCUGGGACUCUUCCAACAUCUCUCAGCUUUCUCUCCUUUAAGUUUCAGGUUGAUCCUUGGAAAAGGUUCUUUCUCAAAGCAGUCUGCCUGUUCUUUAUUUUUCAUUUUUGUCUAAUGGACAGAAAAGUAUUUGGUUGCAUCCCAUAACCUGAGAGAAUGUAUGUUUCUACUGAUAGAUAAAUAAAAAGAUGUGCCUCCAA